AUGCCGCGGCAGCUGCUGCCGCCGGCGGCACGGCGGCCGCUGGGCGGCCUACUGCUGGCACUGCUCGCCGCUGUGGCCGCGUACACCUACAUUGUGAAGUACCGGGAGGCCGCGAGCGGUAGCUCCGUCUGCCAUCCGAAUCUUGCGCGUCUGCGGGACAGCGACGGCCGCGAGAUCCUGCUGAUCGGCUCCCUCUGCGUGGACCUGGACAAGGAGUCAUCCCGGCUGGUGACGGAUGCGCUAAAUGCCCACCGUCCAGAUGUCGUGAUGUUGGAAGGGUCUCCGACAGCCGUCGCCCAGGCUAUGCUUACAACAGGUCACUGGGAGAUCAUCGGCAUACGGAGGCCCAACAACACGGACUGGAUGAACUUGGACCCCGACCUGCGCCCGGUCGAGCUGAAGCCACCUGCACAGAAGCGCCGCUUUCGGCUUUUCUCAGGCUCAGUGGCGCCAGAGCGAUCGAUGGUCCCAGUCAAGGUCAACUUUUGGGCUUACCACCUCUUAAGUUCAGUGGGCGGCAACAUGGCGGCCACGGUGGCCGCUGCGUCGCGGCUCAGCGUUCCUUUGCGCUUCCUGGGGCCACCCGAUGGAGGCAUGCAGGGCUACGUGCAGGAGGACUUUGUGUAUUACAUCGUGUUCCCAAACGCCUUAACCCAGCUGAUCCGGCACAGUCUUGCGUGUUUGCUCACGAGCAAGAUGGGAGGCGUGGAUGGCGGGGGUUUGGGCGAGAUUAUAGAUUCUGACUUCGGAAUUGCAACCUCACCUGGACAGUCCGAGAGUCGAACUCCAGUUGAAGGCGUUAAAGGUUUUAAUGCCGUGGACAUGAUCAUGAUUUCCAGUAACUCCGUCCCAGCCUGUUCCGAAGAAUCUGACCACUGGCUAAGAGAGAAAUGGCCCGCGCAUCAAGCUGGCACUGCGUGCGCCCCUUUUCCAGCCCUUGAACUCCAUGCCCCUGUCAAAGCUUUGGAGCCGAGAACUGAAGAGGUGCUCCACGGUGUUAUCAAGCUGCCGUCCAGAGACUUCGGCGACCCAGCUGAGUGUGGAGGGGUUGUCAUGUCGCACUAUGGUAGGAAUGGGCUUCCCCUUGCGAGUCACGGCUGCGAUGCCGGGGUGCCGGCCUUCUCACCUGGGCAGCUGGGCGUGGAAACGCCCCCUGUUCCGGGCAACAUCUCGCUGGCGGGCACGCUGUCUGCAGACACCGUUGCGGCCCUUGCACCGCGCUACAAGGCAUGGCUUUACCUGAAUCCGAAGGGGCUCAGUUCUCAUUUCCAUGCUGGCCCUCGCAUCUCGAAUCGUGCCGUCGGCUUUCCGCGGGACGUCAUCGAAAAAGCUGGCUGCAGGCUGGAGACUUUGGACUUCUUCCGCCCGCCUGUGCCUCCAGAGCAGACAGAGCAGCUAUUGGCCGCUGUAACUGAGCUGCCCAGACCAUUGAUGAUUCAGUGCAGCACCGGCACAAGAUCUUCGGCGCUGCUCACACUUUGGUGGGCGAAGAAUGCAGGCCACAACGCAGAAGCGGCUCUUCGGAUGGCAGAGGACCUGAAGUGCCUCAACCGAUUGAUGGAGUCGGGCUGGCUCCGGGAUUGGCUGCUGCCAGAGUUGCAGUGCCCAGAGCUGAUGCAGCCAGCGUGUGCGGGUUACCUGUUAGAGCAGUUCUUCGAGCCCUUGACCUUCAGCAACACAUACCUCGUGGCUUGCAAGUCGACCAAGGAAGCAAUCUUGAUAGAUCCGGAGGCGAGCCGGACGGAGCGAGACCUCGAACUCAUCGAGGAGUCAGGACUUCAUCUCAAGUAUGUCGUGAACACGCAUUGUCACUACGACCACGUGAACAUGACAGGGAGCGACGUGAUCAAGAAGCUUCGUCACGUCCCGCUCUUGAGCUCCAAAGCUUCCGGUGCUGCGGCAGAUGAGUUCCUCUCACAGGGAAGUACGGUGACCUUUGGGCAGUACUGGCUCGAAGUUCGGGAAACACCAGGCCACACCAGCGGCUGCCUGACUUACAUCCUCAGGGGACCCGGAGAGCCUAAGGUGGCCUUUACGGGCGAUGCGCUCUUGGUCCGCAGCUGCGGCCGAACUGACUUCAAGGAGGGCAAUGCUGGACAGUUAUUCGACAGCGUUCACCGCGAGAUUUUCAGCCUCGAUUCCGAGACCCAGAUCUUUCCUGGUCACGAAUACAGCGGGCGGAACAACUCCACUGUGGGGGAAGAGAAGGCCGAAGCUCUAAGCUUCACUUUUUCAAGGUCUGCCGGGGCCGGGGGUCCCGAGUCUCCGCUCCAAUCGUGCAGAAGCCUGCAUCCUCAAGUGGCCUUAAAAGAGUUGAAGGCCUGA